CAUCAGAAGCUAACGUUAGCUAGCAAGCUGUCAAGCUGUCAAGUGGAGAGGCUGAGACAGAGGUUUCAGCUUCCCCUGGCUUGGCCAUACAACGCUCCGGUCCACAAAUUUACAGAGAAAAUCCGUUAGAAAAUACUUUAGUUCGCCAUCUGAGAUAAUGUAAUGCAUUACGGGCGUAAGCAAAGAGGGACCUCCGCAAUUUCACAAUUUAUAUGCACUGAGUCUUGAGUGACGAUUCCCUUUUGCUAACUGGCUAGCUAGCCUAGCGUAACCGCCGCAAACCUCCUAGAUUCGACGGCCUAUCUUUUGUGGUGUGAAGUGCGGGUCAUCGGUCCUGGUCACUGUUGAUGCUUCUGUCGCUGUUAUUCUGAAUAUUGGAUAUUUGGUUUUAAAAAGGACACAAUGGGUGCGUUUCUGGACAAACCAAAGAUGGAAAAGUACAAUUCCCAUGGGGAAGGUAACAGCCUGCGAUAUGGGCUGAGCAGUAUGCAGGGUUGGCGGGUAGAGAUGGAAGAUGCGCACACAGCAGUAAUUGGCCUGCCUCAUGCUCUUGACCUUUGGUCAUUCUUUGCUGUUUAUGAUGGGCAUGCUGGCUCUCAGGUGGCCAAGUACUGCUGUGAGCACCUGCUGGAGCACAUCACCAGUAACUCAGACUUCCAGAGUGCUCUUCAAGAGGAUCCAUGUGUAGAUAGCGUGAAGAAUGGGAUACGCACAGGAUUCCUGCAGAUUGACGAACACAUGCGAACCAUCUCUGAAAAGAAGCAUAGUGUUGACCGCAGUGGUUCUACUGCAGUGGGAGUGAUGAUUUCUCCGAGCCAUAUCUACUUUAUCAACUGCGGCGACUCACGUGGGCUCCUGAGCCGAGGCGGAACGGUGCACUUCUUCACACAGGAUCACAAACCCAGCAAUCCUCUGGAAAAGGAAAGAAUCCAGAAUGCCGGUGGCUCAGUCAUGAUCCAGCGAGUUAAUGGGUCCCUUGCUGUAUCUCGGGCUUUGGGAGACUUCGAUUACAAGUGUGUGCAUGGAAAAGGUCCAACAGAGCAGCUUGUGUCUCCUGAGCCUGAAGUUUAUGCAAUAGAAAGAUGUGAGGGUGAAGAUGAAUUCAUUAUACUAGCUUGUGAUGGCAUCUGGGAUGUCAUGGCCAACGAGGAACUGUGUGACUUUGUAAGGUCAAGGCUAGAGGUGACAGAGGAUCUUGAAAGAGUCAGCAAUGAAAUUGUUGAUACUUGCUUGUAUAAGGGAAGCAGGGACAAUAUGAGUGUUGUGUUAAUCUGCUUUCCUGGAGCCCCAAAAGUAUCUCCAGAAGCAGUGAAGCGAGAGGCAGAACUGGAUAAGUAUCUGGAGUCAAGAGUAGAAGAGAUUGUCAAAAAGCAGGGGGAAGAAGGUGUCCCAGAUUUGGUCCAUGUUAUGCGGACGUUAGCAUCUGAGAGCAUCCCUAACCUUCCUCCUGGAGGAGAGCUCGCAAGCAAACGAAGUGUUAUUGAAGCGGUGUACAACAAACUGAACCCUUACAGAUGUGAUGACACAGACUCUGCAUCCACAGAUGACAUGUGGUAACACAGCCUCCUACCACUAACACAGCAUAGAGUUUACAAACCACCAUCCUCUCAAGACCCACAGCAGCUCAGCUCAGCAGUCUGUCUCCCUGUCACUCUGAGCUUUUGGUUUCUAAGGGAAUUUCAUGGGAGGAAGAGGAGGAGGAGGAAGACGAGAAGAUGCAUGCACACAAACCUGGAAUAGUGCAGCACCAGUCCACUCUGGAGUUCAGGAUCCCCAGCGUCAUGUCUCCCCUUUAUGUUCACCUACCUUUAACACUCUCCUGUAAAGUAAUCCAUAACAAGUGAGUGCACAAGGUUUUUUCUUUUUGUUUAAUAAUCAGCUUAAGUAGUAGGAUUUUUUUAGCUGUAAUUAAUUUGAGUCACAUUUCCUUGUGUGUGUUUGUAUAUUUCUGUUUUUGUGAAGUGCAAUUGUCCUGUACAAACAGCCUGUAUUUAAUGCAGCUUGAUUUUAAGUUAAAAAUGAAAGAAAUGAAAAAGAGAACCUUUUUAUGCACUAUCUGCCUUUUCCUGCUCUUCUGAAAUUCUAACAAAAAAAUGCUCCAGGCACAAUGUCUCUGUGCUUUUUUUUUUGUCAGUUAGUCUAUGCUCCUUUUUAAGAAACGGGUAAACUGUAUAGUUGACAGCACAGUAAGCUCUAUAUAUCAAACCAUUUAAAUCCUAAUUGUGUUUCCCCUGUGCUUUUUUGUUAUUAUUUUUGUAAGUGGUUUUCUGUACAUGCUCAAAUAAUUAGCGCAAAGUUUUGAAAGUGUGAAGUGAAAAAUAAUUUUUCGUUUUUCCAUUUAAGGCAUUUGAGAAAAAAAGAAAACAACAUUUUUGCUGGUGCAGAUAGAUACUUGCGAGCGUGUGGCUGCUUGUGUGUAUGUAUGCUCACGUGUUAAUUUAAAGGCAGAUUUGUAUGUGCAACUCUAAUUUAGAAUUACCCAAUAUCAAGUUUUCCAUAUCAACCCAGCAUAGGCUUUCACUACUACUUAUUCCAAAAAGCUAUGGAUAACAGAGUUUACAUGCUGUUACGCUGUUGGAACAACUUCAUGCUAUAUUUCAGAUCUGUGCUGGGAUCUGAGAAGAGACAAAGUAGUUUAUUUUCCUCAUGUACAAUGACUUGCAGCUAGUCAGUCCUUGACUAGUUAUAACGUCUAUUGUGUCAUAUUAAAAUAUCAGUUUUUAAGCAUACUUUGUUGACCAGUGCCCACUGCGGGUGCCAUAUUUCAGCUUUAUGACAGCCUACACCAAGUUUUAUUUUCUUUCAGUUUCUUUUGGUACAGGUAGAUUUUUAGCGUUAGCCUUUAACAUUGAUCAUUUAAUUAAUGUGAACAGUUUAAGCACUGAAUUUUAGAGAAAAUUUCCCAAUAACCAGUGUAAAGAUCGGGGAAACUGUUGACCAUAAAAUUUAGUAGACCGUGUUUAUCACAUGGUAUUUAUUUGGACAUUCAAACCAAGAACAAAUUUAUUGUUGUUAUAUAGCACCUUUUUAUUCCUGUUGGUUUGUUGUACCUAAAACCAUGUCCCUGCAGCCCCAGAAGUGAGAGCACAAUAUAGAUUGCUGCUAUAAGGUAUGAUCUGCAGGUUAAAUUCUCUCUCUCCUCUCUUUCUCUGUUUUUCAAAAUCCCCAUUCUGAAAAAAAUGAAUAGUCACUGACGAAAUCUGUAUUUAACACACACACUGAUAUAUUCAACAGAAAUGUUUUUUAUUUCAGAUUUAUUUUUUGCCGUUUUGUCUAAAAUUGCAUUGUUGGAAAUUUAUGUAUGUAUAUAUUUUUGACCUAAACUUUCAAGGAAUAAAUCAUGUGGCUUGAGUUAUAGCUUGUUGUCAUAGGCAAAAUGUGAUUUUGGUCUAACUUGGGAUGAUUAGUCCGUGUGCGCAAGCAGUUUCCUUCCGAUCGCUUGGGGUCCCUCCAGUCAACACUGAAAGCUUGAAUAUUUAAACAGUAGUAAUGUACUAAAUUAUAAAUUCUUUAACCUAAUGACAAUCCUAACUACUUCGCCAUAGUGGUGGAUAGCAGAUCAGACUUAAGACUAAACUAAAAUUUUGACUAAAAACCUACAUUAGCUGCUCUCUAGUGCACUUUUGUGACAAAAAGGCCAAAGACCACUUAACUUUUACAGUGGCAAAGUCUAGAUCAGAAAUAAUGGUAAGAAAGGACCGUCUACCAACCUAUAACCCCUUAAUUUUUUCAUUUCAUUCUUUUUAAAGGUGCUCUGUGGAGUUUUUGACACCUGGUAGUGCUGUAGAGAAAUGGGUGGGUUUGACGGGUAGGGUCCUGCUCUACUGGUAUGAAAGUAAGAACAUACAGAACAAUCGCACUAGGAGAUUGCUGGGUGCAGGAGGCAGUAAUGUGGUGGCAAUACAGUGCCAAUAAAACACACGUCAUUUAGAAGGUGAUGCGAAAAGUGCAAGUUUAAAAACGGGGGGAAAAUUAAAAUGUUAUGAGCUUUGGAAGAUUGUUAAACCUUAAAGACACACAAUGCAUUUUGGUAUGAAAUUUUGAAUGUAAACCUAAUGGUGAAAACUCCAUAAGGAAUCUUUAAACGACUAAGAAGUUCAACAUGGUCCUAACUCAGUAUUGAGUUAGAUUAAUCAACUGUAAAAGUGUCAAAUAACCACUUCAAUUUCCUUUCCUAUGUUUUUUUGCAUCAAAAGAUGUCAUUGAAUAUUUCUCCUAUUUAAAAUCUAAACUUGGGGAAGAGGUGGCGUUUAAACACAGUAUUUACAACCAAUAUUGUAAAUUGUACUCACAUUGUGUAAAACGCAGAGUCAUCUUAUUGACAAACUGUAUGCAAAUGCAUUUUUCAUUUGUAAGCAGCGUAUUUUGGUCUGUAAGUUGUUCUAUUAUGUGCAGCAUUGCUCGUGUUAAGUGAGAGCACUAAAUGUCCCUCAUCAGUAAUCUGCACUCAGCCACUCAUUUCACCCCCACUAGGUGUCGACUCUUAAAGAAACAUUUCAGGCUUUUCUUUCUUUAAGCCUAAUGAACAAACUAACAUUUGUAUAAUUUUAACCUCCACUUUCUGGGCUGUUUUCGAGAACAUUUGUCAUAAUAUGGCAAAUGUUUAAGUCACUGUCCAACAUGUCUAAUGGUCAAGUAGAACCUGAGGAAGAAGAGCAUUUGGAUUUUAAAAACUGCUACAGUUAGAGUAAUGACAUUGUGAGUAGUUUUACUAUAAUUCAUCACAUUUGGUUGAUUAAAUGUAAAAUUGUCAAUGCAACUGUUACUUUUGCAUCACUCAAAAAAUCCCAAGUAUUUAUAUUCACACUUUGAUUUUUCAUGAACUUAAAUACCUCAUACUUUUAUAGGACAUUUUGUUUUAUUCUUCCUUUUGUGUUUUCCUGUUUAGAUCCAGACUGUUUGAAAAGUGAUUUAACGAGCAGUUCUCCUGUGGUUGUUCCAGUUUACCUAAUGAUUUUAACACUGGUCCGAUUGGUGUACACCUGUGCUCCCAGUACUUGACUGAAUUGUACUGAUAACAAAAGAAGUGAUGACUUACUGAAGAUAACUAUUUUAGUGACUAAGAGUACUAUUGGCCUUGCUGUAUAGGCUGACACCCUCUCUCCCACCCAAGACAAUGACCUCAGGUGCCCACCUGUGUAAUCUCACCAACUAUGUCCACUUGUGUAACGCUCAAUUAGCUCAAGUCUAGAAUUGUACCAAGAGUUCAGGGUUUUAGAAAUGUGAGGUGUGUGAGAAAAUAGGUGUGACUAAACGACAAUAGUCAUAUGCACUGAUCAUCUGUAUAAUCAGCUUUUUUUUUUUCAGAAAAUUGCUAUUGUAGAAAAAAGAUUAUGAAGCUAUUUACAGAGUUACCUUUGGUUGCCUGGAAUGCAUCCUGUAUAUUCUUGUAUGGAGGACUACCUGGCAGAAGUAGAAGAGAUUUUAAAUACUUGCGCCCUCUUGUACAUAUUGAUGUACCUCAGUUGUGGCGUUUACUGUGUGACCCUUAGUGGUGGUUUAUUUGUCCCCUUGCAGGACGACCUGAGCCUCACUUUGCUGACCUUUUCUCAGCUCACAAAUAAGCUCACCGAUUUGCCUUACCCGAUCUCAUGUUGCCCCCUAAAGUUCUUAGUCAACAAAACACUAGGAAGAGAGUAAUGCUGCUGACGUUACACUCUUUCAGAUUGAAAACUGUCUUCAUGUUAGGGUACUUAAGCUUUCAGCAAAGUGACUUUGUCCUGGUUGUCACAAGGUACAACUUUUCAACCAUCGCUGGUUUGUUAUGCUGUUUAUUUUGCCAUGUUACCUUAUUUCCGGUCUUGAAAGCUUAUUUAAUUUUCCACUGCAGAUGAUGUCAUACUUUUAACAAAUGCAAGUGUUUUAACAUGGUAACCUCGUAAGCAUUCAAAAUGUGCAUACAUACAUUCUUGUCUGCUAUAUUUAUGAUUACAUUCAAGAAUAGCUUUAGAGUGCUGUAGAUAAAUAUUGUCAAUGUUGAUUCAAAUGCUUCUCAGAGGCCUCUGUGAGUGAUUUUACAAAGUUCAAUAACUGUAAAUUUUGUAUUAUGUUCUAGCUCCGAAGGAAUGGCAGGAAAAAAGAAAAUGUUUAAAAAAGCUUUGUUCCCUGAACUAAAUUGUACUAUUUGUGUUGUCGAUUGAACAAAUUGCAUUCCUUGCUUGUGAAUUGAUGCAUUUCUGUCCAUGCUCCUUAAAUUUUCUCCCCUUCUUUCCCUCCUAUCUUUCAUUUUUUAGCCUUUGAAGUUUGAAUAAAAUUUCUAGUUUGCAGAAUGUAUUACUAAAUAAAUGGGUUGUCAUCUUGUA